GCGAUGAUGUACUAACUUUUUUUGUGUGUGAGAAAUGGCUGUGUCCCAUCACUGGUUUGUGCAGUGGUCGUCGCCUCCUAUACUUCUAGCUGAUAUAAGCAGAGAGUACCAACACAUUGACUCUAAAUGGAACAUCAACACAUUUAACAAUGGACACGAAAGUUUGCGAGAUACGCGAUAUGAAACACAAUAUUUGAGUGAAAAAUUCAGACAGACACAUAUUAAUAAGGAUUAUAGAAGUAAACUUGAAAAUGAAGAGCGAGCUCGCCUGACCGGAGUGACUCUAUGGAUGACCAUGUUAGGGUUAACCAACACCUGGCCAACGCUGGACACGCCGCCCUUCGCGACCCUGUACAGAUGGAAGCAGAUCGACUUCCACUUCCUCUCGGAAAACCACCGAAGGAAUGCCAUACAAUCAGAAGCUUACAUACCCGAGAACGUUCUGCCAUUGGGUUUGGAGGUGUGGGGAUCUAGAAUAUGGGUGACAUUCCCAAGUUGGCGAAAGGGAGUCCCAGCUACUCUGGGCACGGUGUCACGAUUGGAAGGCACCGAAUCGCCCCUCGUCCAACCAUAUCCAGACUGGAAGUAUCAUAGAGCUUCCGGUAAAAGCGGCAACUGCACUGGGCUGACAUCCGUCUUCCGAAUAAAUGUCGAUCAAUGUGGAAGACUCUGGGUUCUCGAUUCUGGUCAGAUCGACUCACAAAACGAACCGAAGCAGCUAUGCCCACCUAGCAUCGUUGUGUUCGAUUUAGUCACCGACAUGAUCAUAGCAAGAUACAUCAUUCCCAAGAAGUAUGUUCUACAGGACUCCCUAUUCUCAAACAUCGUCGUAGACUCAAGAGAAAGCGAUUGCUCUGAUCUUCACCUCUACAUAACGGAUACAUGGCGAUUCGGUCUCCUAGUAUUUCGUGAAAGCGAUGCCAGCUUCUGGAGAUUCACACAUCACUACUUCUAUCCCGAUCCAUUUUCCUCCAACUACACCUUACAUGGUCUAAAUUUUCAAUGGACGGAUGGAAUUUUUGGGCUCGCUCUGACUCCCACGUACUUCACCAACGAGAGACUUCUGUUCUUCCAUUCCAUGUCAGGUGACAGGGAGUUCUUCGUUAAAACAUCUGUUUUACAAAACCCUUUGAGUGUGAAUAGUAGUGCUGAAGAGUUUAAAAGUUUCGGCGAGACCAGAGGACCAUUGGGGCAAUCGUCUGCGUCAGCUAUCGACAGGCGCGGUGUAAUGUUUUACGGCAUGGUAAUAAGAGAUACAGUUGGUUGCUGGGACACACGAAAACCUUACCUUAAAAGAAAUUUGGGUGUCGUAGCUAAGAACGUGGAGACUUUAGUUUUUCCUAAUGACAUUAAAGUCGACCAAGAAACGAAACAAAAUGUUUGGGUGAUAUCGAAUAAGCUGCCAAUAUUUCAAGACGGUUCUUUGGAUCCUGAAGACUACAACUAUCGAAUAUUAUAUGCAGACACAACACAGGCAGUACGGGGUACUGUGUGUGACCCAACUGUUCCAUCAUCUCCACCUACUCAAUGGACAAUGCUCGCUAUUUAUUUAGUUGUGGCUAUUUUACUGACGAGCAACACUAAAUGCUAUUGCACCAACAAAAAUGCCAUAGGCACUCUGUAUCGAUGGAAGCAAAUAGAUUUUGCGUACUCCAGUGAGCAAGAACGCCAAACUGCAAUACAAAAUGGUGACUUCAUCCAACCCAAUGUCGUGCCCUUGGGGAUUGAACGUUGGAAGAACCGCGUAUUCGUAAGCACACCUCGCUGGAAGAAGGGCAUACCCGCCACCCUGUCGGUACUACCCGUGCCGGCCGAACACGACUCCCCCCAACUAGUUCCAUACCCUAACUGGGGAUGGCAAUCAGCAGGCAACUGUUCCGGUUUCACGUCGAUAUUCCGCAUGAGUAUCGACGACUGCGGCGUGAUGUGGGCGUUAGACUCGGGCCAGGUGGAAGGCUUCGAGUCGCCACGCCAGAUCUGCCCACCGACGAUAUUCGCAAUCGAUUUGGCAACAGACACGGUCCUGGCGAAGUUACCUCUGCCGGACCGAUUUGUGCUCCAAGACUCCCUCAUCACGAACAUCGUAACAGACUCGAGAGACCCUCAGUGCAAAGAUCUACACAUUUACAUCGCAGACGUUCGAAGAUACGGACUCAUCGUGUUGAGGGUUUCCGACGCCUCCUUCUGGAGAUUUAACCACUACACGUUCUAUCCUGAGCCCCUGUUGUCCAAUUACACUCUCCACGGCGUGAACUUCCAGUGGCCGGACGGAAUCUUCGGCAUGUCAGUGGAUAAGAAGAACAAUCUCCUUUACUACCACUCCAUGUCUAGUGCGAACGAGUUCGUAGUCAGCACUUCGGUCAUAAGAGAUCCGUCUCGCGUGGACAACUCUAUCGAUGAAUUCAAGCUUUUAGGAGAAAAUCGUGGCGCAAUAGGACAGGUCUCAGCCGCGGCUAUCGACGCCAAUGGCGUCAUGUUUUUCAACCUAGUAUCACAAGACAGUAUUGCGUGUUGGAAUACAUUAACCGACUAUAGAAGGCAGAAUUUAGGAGUCGUCGCGAGAAAUAACUUCACACUGGUAUUCCCCAACGACCUUCGUGUAGAUCACGAGUCUCCUCAAGUUAUUUGGAUCAUAUCCAACAGACUGCCCAUGUACCAGUUCAAUUUGCUGAAUCCAAAUGAAUACAAUUUUAGAAUUAUUUAUUUACAUCCAACGUUGGCAAUUCAGAAUACGGUGUGUGACCCACAAUAUUAUUACUGAAUGAAUAAUUUAGACAUAGCUUAGAUU